AUGGUGGAGAGCAAGAAGGGUCCUGUGCUUCAAGAUCCUGACAUUAUUAAUGUCACUCGAGAUCCACAAUACGAAGUGACCUGGGAUCCCGUCGACUCAGAGAACCCGCGAACAUGGUCAGUAUGGUAUCGAGCAUUCAUUGUGGCGGCUAUGUCAUUUUCAACAACAAUCUCCUCUCGAUUGACAACUGACCUCCGCAGAGUGAUUUAUACAACAAUGUACACUUCGGGCAUUGAUGGAAUCCAGAACGAAUUCAACGUCUCAUCCAAAUUGGUAGUACUGCUCGGUCUUACGACAAAUCUUUUCGGCCUGGCAAUAGGAUCUGUCAUCCUGUCCUCGUUGUCAGAAAUCUUCGGGCGACGUCCUAUUUAUCUCAUCUCGGUCUUGUUAUUUGGACUCCUCAUACUGCCUGUCGCUCUGGCAAAGAACAUUGAGACUAUUCUGAUAUGUCGCUUUUUCGGUGGAUUCUUUGGCGGCACUAUGAUUGCAAGUGCCCCGGGCAGUGUGACCGAUGUAACAGAUGAUCAAUAUCGUGCUUUGGCAUUGAGUUGCUGGAGUCUGGGUACAAUGAAUGGGCCUGUGCUUGGGCCCAUCAUUGGUGGCUUCGUGUACCAAUAUCUUGGGUGGCGCUGGAUCAAUUGGCUUGUACUCAUAUGCACUGGGGUCUCAUUAUGUCUCAUGUUCCUGGUCAAAGAGACAUAUGCCCCUGCCUUGCUUCGACAAAAGACCAAGAAGAGACAGAAGAUGACUGGAGAUUCUCGGUGGUGGUGUCGUUUCGACCAUGAAGAAACUGGCUCUCAAAUAUUGAAAACUAAUCUCAUUCGGCCCUUGCGAAUGCUGGUCUCUGAGCCAAUCUGCGUCUUUUGGAAUCUAUACGUCGGAGUUGUAUAUUCCGUCCUGUUUCUCUGCUUCGUCGCUUACCCAAUAGUCUUCGAAGGCGAUCGCGGCUGGACACCAGGCCUAGCCGGACUAAGUUACUGCGGCAUCGGCACAGGAACAGCAAUUGCAGUCUGCCUCGAACCGCUGAUCCGACGGAUAAUUUCCAUGCACCCACGCGAUCCGACAACCGGCCGACCAGCACCAGAAGCAGCAGUGAUCGCCGUCUGCAUCGGCAGUGUAUUGAUACCAAUCGGUGAAUUCUGGUUUUCAUGGACUGCAAAACCAUCCAUACAUUGGAUUUCUCCCAUCCUGGCCGGUGUGCCAUUUGGCUUGGGCAAUGGAUUGGUAUUCAUCUAUUCGACGAACUACAUGGCCGGCAGCUAUACUGUUUAUGCUGCUUCUGCUUUGGCGGGAAACUCGAUUGUGCGAUAUGGAUUGGCUGGUGUUUUGCCUCUUGCUGGAGAUAAGUUGUAUAGUACGCUUGGGGCUAAUUGGGCUGGGACAAUGUUGGCAUUGAUUGAGGUUGUGCUCAUUCCGAUUCCUUUCAUCUUCUAUAAGUUUGGUCAUCACAUUCGGCUAAGAAGCCCGAUGAUUGUUAAAACACAAGAUUACUAG